AAUUCCUUUUGUUCCCGCGUGUCUCCUAAAAUCUAGCGGCCGUGAUUCUUCGCUUAGGGAGAACGCGACGUCGCCGAUAACCUUACCGUGACAAAGGACCGUGACAACCACACGUGGUCCUGUUUACCUCAUUCUUAACCACCGAAAGCCGCCUCUUUCUCUUCACCGACUGUCAAUUUAGCAGUUUCUCUAGGUGGUCCUCACCAGACACACUUCCAAGUCCCAAAGGAAAGAGUACGAAACCAACGUAUUCUCGUCAAUGACUCAAUAUGGCGGAAAAUUUUGGAAACAGUGUGAAUUUUGUUGGCAUUCUGCUGCUGUGUCUGGAAUUCGUUAUGCCCAAGAAGAAUAGCUCAUGUUGAUGUCGUAUUUCCGUCUCGGUGAUCGCACAUCAGGUGACUCUGUCUGCUCUGUUUCAAGGAGUGAAUGAUUCAUUUUUCAUGGAGAUCUGCAUUGACGUGGUGGGGAUUUCAGUGUUCUGAUUCUGGCUCUUGUUUAGAGUUCAUAAAGGCCAGCUGGGUGCUCCUCAGGGAGCUUCAUAUUCCUCAGUUGACUGUUUGAGACACAGCUCUUUAUGAUUUUCUUGGAGAUGCAAAGAUGGAGAAAAGGCAAAAGAUCACUCAGUAUAGGGAGAGGCUGGACAAGACUCUUGCGUCUCCUGAUCUGACAAAUGAGGAUACACUUAAAACCCUAGUCAAGAAUCAACUCCUACAUUCUUCAAAAGAUGAAAUCAAAGGAUGCGAUCAGAAAGUCAUUGAGAAAAGGACUGCAGAAGUAUCUCAUUUUCUUGACAUGAUGAGGAGUGUUUCUGUAAGUGAUAAUGAGGGAUCAAAAGCCAGUGAGAGAUCACAUCCCGAAUGGAAGUUAAAACAAGAUAAUGAAGAGUUUCGUGUUAUGUAUCGUGAAGGGCCUGAAGGCACUCCAUUUCAUAACUUACUUGUUGAAGGCUAUGUAGAUGGGCCUAUGGAUGUUUGUUUAUGCAUCUCAUGGGAGUCAUCCCUCUACAAUAAAUGGUGGCCUCAGUCUAGUGUUCCAACUUUCAAAAUUAUCUCCUGCAAAUGUUUACAAAAGGUCCGGAUUGGUGAACAGAUAUCUUUAGUGAGGAUGAAGCUCUCUUGGCCGCUGUCAGCAAGGGAGGCUGUUGUGCACUAUUUUUUGUUCGAGUACUUUCAAGACGAUCUAGUUGUUGUUCUUCUAAAUACGAUCUCUGAUUUGAAGAGCAUUGAUAUAACUACUCAUGGUUUCACCAGUGAGGGGAUCCCUGAAGCAAAGGAUGUUGUCAGGAUUGAUGUGGUAGGAGGCUUUGCUUUGCAAAAGGUGACCGCAGAAAGAAGUUACUUUCGGACGAUAGCGAAUAUGGAUAUCAAGAUGGACUUUGUUCCUCCAUCCCUUAUAAACUUUAUUUCAAGGCAGCUCGUCGGCAAUGGUUUCAGACUUUAUCAAAAGGUAGUAUCCUCUACAUUUAAGCAUGAUGAAGAUUUUAGCAAUGCCAUGGGGGAUCCGCUAUAUACUAAAAUACGUGAAGCUGUUUAUUCCACUAAUGUGUCAAAAAAGACUCCGGAAGCGGAAGAGCUUACGACUGAUGCAUGCACUCUCCCCGAAGAGCAUCCUAUUGAGACUAAGCAAGACGACUUGAAGGAUACGAAUCAAGAGGUUUAUAGCGAUUACCACGUAAGUGAAUCAGAGCCAGAGAAUGCAAGAGCUAAAAAUAGGAAAGCUUUUGGAGAGAUUGAAGAAGAAGAGAGUGAAGAAAGCAGACACUUUGAGGAGGAUAGCGAGGACAUAGAUCACAUUUCAACCAAGAAAUUUAGAGAAAUGUGUCAUGUAAAUGGCAAGAGAAAUAUUGUAGUCAGGCCUGAGGUGGAACAAGCUCUGGGAACAUUGGAGAAGGUCAUCUCAGUGUUUCAGGAACAUGGAUUUAAUGCCCAAACCAGGUGCUCUUCUGGUUUCACAGGUGAAGAACCUCCAAAUAUGGAAAAGGGUCUGGUGAAAAACUCGAAUUCUUCAAAAGAUAAUAGAGUUUGUUCAAAUGGUGAGGUUAAUCUUUUAGUAUCCGAAACGGAAAGCACGGAGAGAACUUCACAAGAACGACGUAGAAACAGCUCCAGCAAUCAAAGCUUCAGGCGUCCUGGAUCAAAUUCUCACUCAAAGGAAGUAAACCAUAACAAAGUAGCACCAGCAUCACCAGAGCAGCCUCUUUCAGUUCCCAGUGAGGCUACCCAGGUUGCUUUGUGUUCCACCGGGAACGGGGGAACAGAAGUACUAGUGUCUUUGGAUCAAAACACACAUGAUAUUACACAAACGAACACUGAGCCAAAUGGCCUCCAUGAAAGUAUUCUAAAUGAAGAGAAGUCAAGCAAGCAGAAAAAGCAUAGGUACUGCUGUUUCAGCAGCAGACAUCGUCUUGGUUGAAAUGGCUACAAAGGAGAAGAUAAAUAGAAGUCACAGGUUUCAUACACUCACACCAGAAUUCAAUACUCAACAGAAACAACUUGUGUAAUAGUCAUAAACUUAUAUUUUCAAAUAAGUAUUUUUUUUUUUUUUGGAAAUCUUUUACUUUAAUGUACCAAUAAAUAGAAGAGUUGAGAAAUUGCAAUAAACAAUGGAAAAAUGUUCGGUUAAUGCAGAGUAGAAUAUGUUAUUAUUA